AUGCCAAAUCCACCACCUCCACCAAGUGUAACAGAGGACGAGCCACAGGUAGAAUUUGAAGAGGGGGAGAUGGACAUUGGAACCCUGCGAACAGCUUUGGGAGUAUUGCAAGAUGAGUUAGCUACCGUAAAAGCUAACCAAGAGAACGUGGUUGAAACUAUGGUAAUGCAACAGAUGGAGAUCGACCGACAACGCCGAGAGUUAAACAAAAGACAGGCGGACAUGGAUCAUCGGCAAAGAAAUGCUACAGCGACUUUAGAGGUGGCCAUUAAGUUAGCUCGAGGACAACCACCUGCUCCGCCUGCACCAACCUCUCAGCCAUAUCUACCACCGAAACCUCAUCAUCCUAAAAAUCCACAAUCAGAUCACCCCCAAUGUCCUCCAAAUCCAAAGAGUCCACAGCAACCAGAACAACAUCCAGCUGCUCAGCAGGAAAGACAAACCCAGAAUCCUAAUAAAAAUAACGAGAAGUGA